AUGGCGCGCGCGACGGCGCGUCGGACGCGCAUCGACCGCGCGCUCGCGCUCGCGUCCGUCGUCCUCGCGCUCGUGCGCGCGCGGUGCGUCGAGGGCGGUUCUCAUGAGAUGCACAACCGUUGGAUUCGUCGAGCGCUCAACCUGGAGCGCGGCGCGUCGGGCGGAAAACCGAGCGCACCGCGCGUCGUGGACGUGAACGCGGCGCGACGAUCGGCUUGGCUCGCGGGCGCGGCGUACUGCAAACACGGAAUACAAAAUUGGACGUGCGCGUACUGCGUCGACGGACCGACGCGCUUGCGGGACGUCGGCGUCUUUGAACACAAGCGGAAAAGGGUCAAGGCGUACGCCGGGUACGAUGGGAAAACGAAAGUCGGGGUGGUCGCGUUCAGAGGAACGGAUCCGAGUUCGCUGUAUAACUGGGUGGAGGACCUGGACGCGAUGCACUCGACGCUGCCCACGGCGGAGGUGAAGGACGGCGUCGGACGCGUGCACAGCGGGUUUCACGACGCGUACGACAGCGUGCGGAAGGAGUUGAUCUCGCACAUGAUCGACAUGCGAACGAAGUAUGAUCGGAUGUGGCGACACUUUGAGGUGGAGGUGACGGGACACUCGUUGGGGGGGGCUCUGAGCACGCUCGUCGCGCUCGAGCUCGAGGCGCUAGGAUUUCAAAUCAAGAGCGUGACGACGUUCGGGUCGCCGCGAGUGGGCGACGAGGUGUUCGCCGAUUUUUGGGGUAAAAAGUUCGGUGAUCGCACGAUGAGAAUGACGCACGCGCACGACAUGGUCCCCAGCCUUCCUCCGAGGAUGCUCGGGUAUCAUCACGUCGCGACGGAGGUGUUUCAAAACGCAUCAGGCGCGUACAUCAUGGGCGACGGAAGCGGCGAGGACCCUCGCGGGAGCGAUAGCGAGUGGACCCACGCCUCGCUCGCCGAUCACCUCGUGUACGCUGACUUACCCAUGUGCAAUUGUAACAUGUGA